UCUCUAGUCGGGCUAAAUUCCAGCCUCGAAUCGAGUCUUCUCGGUUACACCUCCUUCUCCGAUCGGGUUCACGUCCUGAUCACUGAUACCGCUGCCGAGCUCACCGCUCUCGAUUCGUCGACGGCCGUUUCUUUUGUAGGUGGACGAGCGAAAGAGCAGGCAUUGGCAGAGGAGCUUCCGGCGCUGGCAAAGGAGGUUGCCAGAGUGAAGAUAGUUCGAGAUUAUGCUGGUUUUGACACAGAGAGGGUGUGGUGCUUCUGCUUGUAUAAGCCAGAGUUCAAUUUUGCUCUCGUCUACAAGAUUACCAGGGACUAUGUUGACACUAUGGAUGAAUUGUUACAACCUCUUGUUGAUAAAGCUAGACUAGUGGCCGGGGAAGACAGGAACCUCGAGAAAUUCUCAUCUCUAUAUGUUUUCUGUGAUCGGCCGGAUUGGCUUGAUUUGUGGGCAGAAAUAGAGUUCAGUGACACACUUGAAAAGUUAAAAGCCGAAGCAGAUGAUGAGCGGAAAUGGAAAGCGAAAGAUAAAAGAGCUGGAGAGAUAUUCAGGAAGGAGUGGGUUGAGAAGAUAUCAACAGUUGUUUUGAGGGGAUUUGAGGCUAGCUGUCAAGAAUACCUGAAAAACAAAAGGCAAUGGCAGGAGAAGAGGGAAGACGGCUGGAUGGUGUCAAGAUAUUUAGUUGGUGCUCUAGAUUAUUUACAGACAAAGAUGGCAGUCACGGAGGAAAAUCUGAAUCGUAUAGAUUUUGUCAGUGUGUGGAGAAGUUUAGCUUCUGGGAUUGAUCAUGCACUCUUUAAUGGCAUUUUUAUGAGCAGUGUAAAGUUCUAUGAUAGUGGUGUUGAAAGUCUUAGCAACGACUUGGAGGUCCUCUUUGGGGCAUUUAGGGCUUGGUGUCUAAGACCACAAGGAUUUUCCCCCAAAUUAAGUGAGGGCUUGAAGUUGUUGAAGAUGAGGAGGAAGCAGCAUAAUUUGGGAUUAACCGGAGAUGAUAAUUGGAUGAAAGAGAACGGAGUCAGGCACAUGACUGUUAGUGAGGCAAAGAAGAUGCUAAAAAAUUCUGAAGGCUCUCUGUCUCAUUAUGACGAAUGGUCGUUGCCUUUACUAUCAGCUGUCCCCUUCAUUGGAAGGACCACGAACAUGGGAGUGCAUCAUGUUUCAGUUUCAAUAUUUGGUCCUGAGCUUCUGUUUCAGUUUCAACAGUUGGUUGGGUACUCUUUCGCUUUGCACAAUUGGAAGAGGGUUGCCAGCAGAAAAGUCGGCAAAGUGAAGUUGAUUGAGCAGAGAGCAAAAUGCUACCACUCGCCGGUCACUCUGGUUGCACAAUAA